AUCGUCUGCCCAUUUUUACCACCACUGCACGCAGACCGCCUUCGACAUGGCUAUGGAAAGUGUGAUUCCGGCCGCCUUCUGGCCGCACGAUAGCCCCGCGCCCCGUACGCACCAAGUGUUGAGCCAGAUUGCCGGCCUGUUGCAAGAUCUGGGAUACACCAAGACCGUGGCUUCACUCGAGAAGGAAGCGGUCAAGAAUGGUCUCGCCAAACCAAAUGCCACCGAAGGCAGUUCACAACUCUUGGCAUUGUACAGCCUAGAUGCUUCUACUGUCACGAAGCUGCCGAGCUCGGACAGUGAUAGCGACGCCGACAGCGAGAGCAGCGAUAGUGAAGAAGACUCGGAACGAGACGAGGCUGAAGGCCACUUGGUGGACGUGGAGGCAGAAGAGACAUCAGACGACGAGUCAGACGAAGCAAGCGAUUCGAGUAGCGACAGCUCAUCGGGCAGCGCAGUGAAGACAACGGGCACGAAGCGCAAGCGAGCUGUGACGCCGCCUUCGUCGGUUGAUUCGAGCUCCGAUACCUCCAUGAACAGUGAUAGCGACAGCAGCAGCAGUAGCGAUUCCGACAAUGAAGCCUCACGACCAUCGAAGAAAGCGAAGACGGAAGACGUGAAAGCCGGAGCCAGCGAUUCGGAUUCUUCAAGCUCCUCCAGCGGCGGCGAAAGCAGUGACUCUAGCUCCUCUUCCGACUCGGACUCUGACAGUGCUGCGAGUGACAGCAGUGACAGUGACUCCUCGAGCGACAGCAGCGACAGCGACUCCUCGAGCAGCAGCAGUAGUAGCAGCGACUCGAGCUCCUCCGACUCAGAUUCCUCCGCGCCAGCUCCCAAACCCAAAACGAAGAAGGAAAAGAAGGCUAAAGCCUCCACCCUUGCCGUACCCAAACCAGAAAUCAAGGACAACGGCUCCCAAUCCUCUUCCACACUCCAAGGCGACUCCCCCGCCCCAAAGCCCGAACAAGAAGACGAGCCUGAAAUGAGCGGAAUGCACCCAGACCGCCUCAAGCAAAGCAACUUCGCCCCAGCCACACGAAGAGAAUCCGCAGCCGCCUCCAAGAAAUCUCAAAUUCCCUUCUCCCGAAUCCCAGCAGACCAAAAAGUCGACCCACGAUUCAGCAAUAAAUACGUCUCGUACGACUACGCAGACAAGGCGUAUCAAGAUUUGGUGGUGACAAAAGGCAAAGGUUUUACGAAAGAGAAGAACAAGAAAAAGCGAGGUUCCUACCGAGGCGGCGCCAUCGACCUGGCACCUAAGGGAAUCAAGUUUGAAGACUGAAGAGGGAGAUCAUCAUGCUCGCAGAAUUGUACUGUCUGCCACGGCGUUGCAACAGGUAUAUACCUAGGAACUGAUUGUGGGACUGGAAGUUGUUUAUCGAGUUGACUAUGUAAUCGAGGAAAACUGGUUCAAUUCAACCUUUGCGUAGCACGGGCU